GUCAAUAUUGAGGAAUGCCGCCAAAGCUGCUAACAAGCCCAUGAGUGCAGACCAUACUUUGUAUCAUGUUCAGCCUACCGGCUUUUGGAAGAAGUUUAGAGACGCCGUAGUUGUCAACCCCGAGAUAUCUUCCGGACUACCUAUUCCUGAACUUAACCGAUACCCUCAACCUGGAUCUAGACCGGAACGAUAUGCAACUCCAGCUACUAAAGCCUCUGAUCCUGCCUUCAACCCCUAUUACAAGCGUGAUUCACGCCGAGCAUAUCCUCAAACAUCCGUCAUCACCCAAAAUCACAUAGCCACUCUUUUAAUUUCAUCAGAAAGCUUACAAGCCUUACCUUCACCCCAAACCAAAGUCGAAACCACUCCUGAGAACGCAUCUGCCAUUGCACCUUCCUCCGAACAACCCACCACAGCCGUCGCUGCAACUCCCGUACCUUCUCUGUCCGAGGUGUUGACCAAAUUGCCGAAAGCUUACGUGGGAGCCGGGUUACAGACGGGUGCUGGAGAAGGACUUCCUCCAGUCCCUCCUCCGAACACAGCAGGAAAAUGGAUACCGAAGGCCGGUGGGGAGAUACCUCAUGAUCCGCAUGCCUACUUUCCCAUGAUAGGUUAUUCAUGAUCAUGCAUCGUGUAUGUCUUUC